AUGCAUCUUUCUUUGCUCGGAUUGUUUGUUGCAUACAUAUCAAACUGUUAUCAACCAACUGCCGCCUUGUCACUCCAAGGACCACCAAAAAGUGAUCGCAAGGGCUUCCUCCACCAAGGAGCACUGAUCCUCGGCGGCAGUGUUCCUCUGGGGGGACUCUUAUCAGUUCCUGAAGCUGCUAUUGCUGCUCCAAAACUAUACGAGCCUCCAGCAAACUCUCAAGUUGGAAAAGUACACAUAAUCACGGGAGCGUCCACUGGACUUGGUUUGGAAUCGGCAAAGAGGAUCGCGGCUGCUGGAGCAACUGUUGUCCUUACGAGUCGGACGCCUACCAAGGGGGAGGCGGCAGUCCAGCAAGUUCAGGAUUAUCUCUCACAGAAGAAUGUUGCAAAUUCCAAUAUCUACUUUUUGACCUUGGACCUCGACGACCUGUCAACGGUGCAGUCCUUUCCCGAACGAUUCAGCCAACUCUUGCCAAAUACCAAGGUAGACGUACUCAUGAACAAUGCAGGGAUUGAAAUCAACAAAAGGGAGAUAACUAGGGAUGGGUUUGAACGUACAUUUCAAUCCAAUCAUUUGGGUCCAUUCGUCUUGACAGCUCUCUUGUUUCCGCUUCUGAACCGUGACGGUUCCCGCGUAGUCAAUCUUUCUUCUACUGCUCACAGCUUUGCGGGUGUUCUGGAUUUGCAGGAUCUGAACUUUGAGAAAAAUUAUGUAGGAUGGCUUGCAUAUUGCAGAACAAAACUUGAGAACAUACUCUUCACGCAAGAGUUGCAACGGCGUGCCGAUGCUGCAGGGUUCAACUGGUUCACUACAACCUGUCUGCAUCCCGGAGUCGUUGGAACAGAUAUUUGGAGAGACAACGUGGCCAAAGGAAGUGACAUAACAUCGAAAUUGUUUUACGGCAGCAUGAAGACUGUAGCUGAGGGAGCGAACUCACAGAUAUACCAAGCAACAGAAAAGCCUACGCUACUGAAAAAGGGUCGAUACUACGAUGAAUUCUGCAAUGUGAAGCAACUCGAAUCUUUUGCAAUGGAUCCAGCUUCAGCACGGGCACUUUGGGAGGAAAGCGAAAAACUUUCCGGAGUAGCAUUUAAGCUCAGAUGA